GUUCAGUAAAAUAACAGCUUCUUAAAUGGGUCAUACAAGCCCAAAGAGAGAUUAUAGGACUUACAUGGCCCAAAUGAGCUAUUGCACUCUCGCCUUCACCGAUCACUCUUGACGCCUGAUUUCCAUUUCCAUACGGAGAGAAAUUUGUCGGCGAACGGAUUUGUACAAACGCGGGAAUUUGUUGAAAUCCGUUUCCCUUCCAGAUUUCUAUUCGAAUUGGCUGUGACAGUAAAUGGCAGCUAUAGAAGAGGAAAGGUUGCCGCAGAAAAUCAAAAUCGAAGCGGCCGUAAAUGGAGAAGAGGAAGACGACGAGCAUGAUUCGAAGGAGAGAGUGCUACAGAGAUACUUUUUGCAAGAGUGGAAGCUCGUUAAAUCCCUUCUCGAUGAUAUCGUUUCAAAUGGCCGCGUCGUUGAUCCUUCUUCUGUUCAGAAGAUCCAAUCCAUCAUGGAUAAAUAUCAAGAGCAAGGUCAAUUAGUGGAGCCGUACUUAGAGAGCAUAGUUUCUCCGCUGAUGUUAAUCAUCCGCUCUAAAACAGCGGAAUUGGAUGCGAGAUCCCAUGAGAUUCUGGAAACAAUCAAGCCCAUCUGCAUCAUCAUCUAUACUCUGGUUACUGUGUGUGGGUACAAAGCUAUUAUCAAGUUCUUCCCGCAUCAAGUAUCCGAUCUGGAGCUCGCCGUGUCGCUCCUGGAGAAGUGCCAUAGCACGGCUUCUGUUUCUUCCCUGAGGCAAGAAAGCACUGGGGAAAUGGAGGCCAAAUGCGUUACUCUUUUGUGGCUUUCGAUACUCGUGUUGGUCCCGUUUGAUAUUUCUUCCGUUGAUACAAGCAUUGCAAACGACAAGAGCUUUGGUGCGGACGACCUCGCUCCUUUGGUACUGAAGAUUUUAGGUUUCUGUAAGGAUUAUCUCUGCAAUUCUGGACCGAUGCGGAGGAUAUCGGGAUUGCUCCUCUCUAAGCUUUUAACGCGUCCGGAUAUGGGAAAGGCGUUCACAAGUUUUGUUGAGUGGACGCAUGAAGUUUUGUCUUCUAAGGAAGAUAGUGUCUUGAACCACUUUCGCUUGCUUGGUGUGAUGGAGGCACUGGCUGCCAUUUUUAAGACUGCUAGCCGGAAAGUGUUGCUGGAUGUGCUUCCUACUGUUUUGAAUGAUGUGACCGUGCUAAGCAAAUCAAAUGCAGCAACUAAAAGUCCUCUGCUUCGCAAGUAUUUGAUUAAGUUAACUCAGAGGAUAGGGCUUGUUUGUCUUCCUCAUCGCUCACCUACCUGGCGCUAUGUGGCUCAAACCGCCUCCCUUUCUGAGAAUAUAUCUACGAGCUCGACCCAAAGAUUGGCGCCUGAUCAUGCUGUCACUACCGUCUCACAACCAGAAAGUUUGGAAGACCAAGAGGAUGAAGAUAUGGAUGUUCCUGAAAUCUUAGAAGAGAUAAUUGAAAUGCUACUCUCUGGUUUGAGAGAUACGGACACCGUUGUUCGUUGGUCUGCUGCAAAGGGUAUAGGUCGUGUAACUUCACGACUAACAUCUGUUCUUUCUGAAGAGGUGUUGUCAUCUGUAUUGGAGCUGUUUUCACCAGGAGAGGGAGAUGGCUCAUGGCAUGGAGGUUGUUUGGCUUUAGCUGAACUGGCUCGUAGAGGGUUACUGUUGCCUAGAAGUUUCCCACAAGUCGUCCCAAUUAUUGUGAAGGCACUCCAUUAUGAUAUCCGUAGAGGUCCGCACAGUGUUGGAUCUCAUGUGCGUGAUGCAGCUGCCUAUGUUUGUUGGGCAUUUGGCCGUGCCUAUUACCACAAAGAUAUGAAAAACGUGCUUGAUCAGCUUGCUCCAGAUCUAUUGAUAGUAGGUUCCUUUGAUAGAGAGGUGAACUGUAGAAGGGCUGCUGCCGCUGCUUUCCAAGAGAAUGUUGGAAGGCAAGGAAAUUACCCUCAUGGGAUUGACAUAGUGAACAUAGCUGACUAUUUCACCCUUUCUUCUCGGGUGAACUCUUACCUUCAGGUUGCUGUUUCCAUUGCUCAGUAUGAAGGGUAUCUAUAUCCUUUUGUGGAUGAAUUGCUAUACAACAAGAUCUGCCACUGGGAUAAAAGCUUGAGAGAACUUGCUGCCGAAACUCUUGCUGCUCUUGUUAAAUACGAGCCUAAGCACUUUGACAACUAUGUGCUGGAGAAACUAAUUCCUUGUACCCUCUCAACUGAUUUGUGCAUGCGCCAUGGUGUAACAUUGGCAGCUGGAGAGGUUGUGUUAGCUCUGCACCAGUGUGGCUAUGUCCUUUCUGCUGAUAGGCAAAAGCGUAUGGCUGGUAUUGUCCCUGCCAUUGAGAAAGCACGCCUUUACCGUGGAAAAGGUGGAGAGAUAAUGCGACUGGCUGUCUCACGGUUUAUCGAGUGUAUCUCGUUAUCGCAUGUGACAUUAUCUCAGAGAACCGAACGCAUCCUGCUUGAUACCCUCACUGAGAAUUUAAGACAUCCCAAUUCUCAGAUACAGAAUGCAGCUGUCAAUGCUAUUAAACAGCUUCUGCAAUCCUAUUUCAUUGGCAAUGAUAAGAAAGUUGUUGAUUUAAUAUCAAAACACCUAGAACAUCUAACGGACCCAAACGUAGCUGUUCGAAGAGGUUCUGCGCUUGCACUUGGUGUUUUGCCGUAUGAACUAUUGAUUUCAAAAUGGAAGGAUGUAGUUUUGAAGCUCUGCAGUGCGUGUAAGAUAGAGGCGAAUCCUGAAGAUAGGGAUGCUGAGGCACGCAUGAAUGCUGUAAAGGGACUCACAUCCGUGUGUGAGACUCUUACUCAGCGAAGUGACCCUGAAAACGAUGAUCUGACUCUUUAUAUUCUCAUCAAGACUGAAGUGAUGGAUACUUUACUGACAGCUCUUGAUGACUAUUCAGUUGAUAAUAGAGGUGAUGUAGGCUCUUGGGUUCGUGAAGCUGCAAUCCAUGGUCUUGAGAAAUGUACAUAUAUUCUCUGUAAAAAAAUGGGAACAAAUUCAGCGGGCGAUUCAUCCUCGCUUUUCGAUUCAAACCUCGCAAACCGUUUGAUUGGAGGUAUUGUGAAGCAAGGAGUGGAGAAAAUGGAUAAAUUAAGAGAAACAGCUGCAAAGUCUCUUCAAAGGAUUUUGUAUCACGAAACUGUUACCGUCCCUUUCAUACCUUAUAGGGAAAAACUAGAAGAAAUGAUUCCCAACGAAGCAGGCCUACGAUGGGCGGUGCCGACUUUCUCUUUCCCACGUUUCGUUCAGUUACUAGGAUUCCGUUGUUACAGCAAAGAGCUGAUGUCUGGAUUAGUAAUAUCGACUGGAGGGUUACAAGAGUCACUUCAAAAGGCUUCAUUCUCUGCAUUGCUGCAGUAUAUAGGGGAAGGUGAAGAGGCUAAAGAACAACGAUCAAGAAAGUCUUCGAUGUGCGAGGACAUCCUCUGGAUACUUGAAGAGUACAAGAAAUGUGACCGAGUUAUCAUACCUUGUCUCAAGACAAUUGAGGAGCUCUUCGACGAAAAGAUUUUUCUGAAUCAAGAGGAGGAUUAUAUGUUGAGUUUCUACAAGGGAGUCGUGGAUUCGUUAGCUAUCGAACUAAGAGCCUCAAAGGAGUUCGCAAAGUUGGAGGCAGGCGUUACAAUACUUGGUUCUAUCGCUUCAGUCUCGGAACCCAUCAGCAGACAAGCUUUCUCUCAGCUUCUAUCACUCCUCGCCCAUCGAUACCCAAAGAUACGAGAGAAGGCGGCUGAAGAAGCCUAUUUUGCGCUCGUUCAAAACAGUGUCUUAGUAACGGAGGACAAGAUUGGGGAAGUGAAAGAUAUAAUAUCCAAAUCUUGUUGGGAUGCUGACAUGAAGUCAACCCAAUCUGAGAGGUUAGAGUUGUGUGAAUUGACUGGUUUAGAUCAUGGAGUAGUGUUCAGGACCAGAAGCAGAACGUUGACUAGGGAUAUUGCCACGACGGCUUCGGACGAGAAUGCGUCUUACUCAGCUCUGGUCGAUUCCUCUGGCUUCUGAUUGAAAAACAUCAACAAUCUCACUGAAGACACUUAGACCCCGGCCAAAAACGGCACACCGGUGAUAGGGAUCCAAGAAUCCCCUUGUAUAAAUCGGCUGACGGUGAACGGAGAAGCCUCUUCUUCGCCGUGAAGGCGGUGAAAUCCAGGCCAGUUCACCCUUCCACUAGUCCCCGCUCCACUUCCGGUGUUCAUAAACUCGCCGUAAUACAACGUUGACAGAGCGAAAUCGCCUCUCCAUUCUGUCCACCCCUUCGGAUCAAUCAACCCAUCGAGAUCCGUCUUGAGAAACACGGUCCGAGAGUAUUUCUUCCACGGCCGGCCCAAGUAGCUCUUAAACCGGCCUUUAACCGCCUCAAAUUCUGGCGCUGGUCUGACCCUUGAGUGUUGGAUCGAAAUGCCUACAUUUUCAUGUGGGUCGUCUCUUCCUUGAGCUGUUAUCAUAUUGCUUUGAUAAUCCAUAGGCCGUCUCACAAAUAAAUCACAGUUUUGGAAAACUACAGCCGCAUCUCCAAAUAUAAAAUCAUAUAAUACCAUAAAUGUGGCAAUCGCGGUAGAAUUGACGGAGCGAGUGCGUGAAAAGAGUGUCUUGAUAUCCUUUGAAACUACAUCGAUAGAAUACAGACAAAUCCGAGUUCACUCUCAAUGCCACGGCUUGAUGUUUAUGUGGCCCUGCCGUGUUCUCGAACGUCAUGUCUCGUGCCCAAAAUCCAUCUCCGGACACCCCGAAUGUGGCUGAUCCAUAAGUCGUGGAACCAUCAGGGACGUUUUUGUUAUUGGUGAUAAUUGUACGGUCCAUACCAUCACCAACUAGCAUGAUAUUCUUCAUGUCUCUAUAUAUUUCGAUUUUCUCGUUAUAAACACCCGCUUUUACAUAGAUUAUCACUCUAUGCGACCGACUUUUACCCAUUCUUGAAACGGCGGUUAAUGCUUCAUUUAUCGACCGAUGAGCUGCCGAACCGUCCUUCGCCACCACGAAAUCCGCCCUUGACUCUGUCGGAUUCCACGACACUAACAUUCCUCCGCUCGGGUUUGAUCUUGCUGGUCCAUGGUAUGGUUUCGCUGGUCCAUGAUUUGGUCUCGUCGGUCCAUGUUUUGGUCUCGUUGGUCCAUGCAUCCUCUUUUUCAUAUGACCUCUAGAUUUUUUGUAGAAUGCCAAAGCUUCGCGGAGCACGAACGUGACGUUACGCUGGACGAAAAGCUUGUCAUCUUGACGUGACUGAUUCAAACCGUCGAAACAAGUGUGAUGGUUCGCUAGCACGCCGCUGAGCCACGUUCUUACAUCUUCAACGGUAAAAUUCUCAUGAGCCACGACAAGUUUUGAUAGUCUAGCCUCACUAUCAUCAUAGAGCUUCUCACAGUCACUUAACCCCAAAUUAUGAAAACCGCUAGCAACUUCAUUUGUUGCCUCAACCGUUGCCACUGACCAAAACCUAGUUUUGGCUUCAACCACUGCAGCUCGAGCCGUCUCAAGCACAUCUAAUUCAGAUGUUUUUGAGGUGACUACGACGGUUGCAGUUGCUAGAAAGAACAAGAUGGUGAAUAAGUCGGUGGUUUUAACAAACGUGUACAUUUUCUUUUAAGUAAAUUUUAUUAUGAUGGUAAUUGGUGUGUUUUAAAAUGAUUGUUGUUGU